AUGUCCUCAGAAUACUUACUUGCCGUCAAUCCAGACAAGCCUCUCUUCACCGAUGCAGAGCAGGAUACGGCAUCUGUUCCAAAGAACUGCUUCAUUCGUUCGUUUCUAUCUAGAAUCAAAACCCACCGUUUCAAAUACAUCGCACCCGGUCUUGAGGCGCCACACGACGCAUCACAAUUUGCAGCUCGCCAAAAAUUCACCGGAUUGCCUCGUGCUCGUGACAAAGAUCACAGCCGCACGGUACCUUUUAUCGAUGGAUCUGACUUUCAUGAAGAAAUCAAGCAAUUAUUUUUCGUCCUUGAUGAUCCGGUGCCAUACAGUGAUACCGAUCCUAUCCCAACGGGGCUUUUCAGUGAACCAGUGGACCAGGAGAUCCUGGAAAUUGCUGAAGACGGAUUUCGUCUCCUACCAUUCUAA